AUGAGUGCCUUCAACAACGCCAGAAACGCCCUCGCGCGCCUCGAAACGCAGCGCGUUGCUGUCUCGGCAGCAGUACACAAAAUCAACGUGCAGCUGCGCAAGAUGGCCUUGAACCUGACCAAAGCGGAAGUUGCACGCCUUGUUGAAGACAAGUCUGACGGCCCGGCUCAAUAUGUGAGGGUGUUCAAGCAGCAUGCGGAAGCGGAGAAGCGCGCGAAAGUCGACUUGAAGAACCUGGAUAAGCGCGAGGAGGAGAUCAAGACGAACUUGGAAAAGGACGCAUUUGACGAUGAGCAUCUCGAAGACUUGAUGCUAUUCACCGAGGUCGCGGAAGAUCCUCCGGUUGGGAUCAUUGAAGAUCCUGCAGACAGACCCGUUCGGACUUGGACCGAUCCUAAGACAAGCGGGAAGAAGACACGCGAGGUAUAUGCGCCCAGUCGUUGUUUAGAGAUGAAGCUUACUGACACUGAUUUCGAGCAGCCAAAAGUCCCUGCAAAAUCGAACUUCGCCCAGGAGAGUGCGGCUGAGGACGAUGGCAUCAAAGACCUUAUCAUCGAUCGGGUUGUCGCUCGAGCUACUGGCGGUGAGCAGGACGUGAACCUUGUGAUGAGCGGUGCUUUACCGAGCGGUGACGCUGCCCUCCCGAUCGUGGUGGACGAUGACAGCGAAGAUACGAUCGUCGUUGCUGUCCCCAAAAAGGUCAAGAAGAGCGCAGAGACUGGGAAUUGCGAGGUGCAGGCGGAUGAUGGCGACAAGGACAAGGCUCUGGCUGCGUGGGGCGCCAGCUUCCAGCAGGAAGAUGGAGAGUAG